AUGUCUCAACAAGAACAAGACAAUAAGAAACCAGAGGAAAAGAAACCAGAAUCAAGUGAUAACAAGGAAGAUGAAAAGAAAGAUACACCUAUAAAUCCAUUGGAUGCCGAAGAAAUUAAAUUGAUUAAACGAUAUGGACAAGGACCAUACUCUGGAAAAAUAAAAGAAACAGAAGAUGGCCUUAAGAAAAUGGUACAAGAAGUAAAUGAAUUAUGUGGUGUAAAGGAAUCUGAUACUGGCUUGGCAAAUCCAAGUCUUUGGGAUAUUCAACAAGAUAAAGCAACUCUUCAACAUGAAAUGCCAUUGCAAGUUGCUAGAUGUACAAAAAUUAUUGAUGAUGAUGAAGAGGAACCAAAGUACCUCAUCAAUGUUCGUCAAAUUGCUAAAUAUGUUGUAGGAUUAGGAGAAAACGUAGCACCAACAGAUAUUGAAGAAGGUAUGCGUAUUGGUGUUGAUCGUACAAAAUAUCAAAUUCGUAUUCCACUCCCUCCAAAAAUUGAUGCCAGUGUUACAAUGAUGACUGUGGAAGAAAAACCAGAUAUUACAUAUAAUGAUAUUGGUGGAUCUAAGGAGCAAAUUGAUAAAAUCCGUGAAGUUGUUGAGACACCACUUCUCCAUCCAGAAAAAUUCGAAGGUCUUGGUAUUGACCCACCAAAAGGAGUCUUGCUCUAUGGUCCACCAGGUACUGGUAAAACAUUGCUUGCUAGAGCUGUUGCUAACAGAACCGAUGCUACCUUUAUUCGUGUUAUUGGAUCUGAAUUGGUUCAAAAAUAUGUCGGUGAAGGCGCUCGUAUGGUAAGAGAAUUGUUCCAAAUGGCUCGUCAACGUAAAGCUUGUAUUAUUUUCUUUGAUGAAGUUGAUGCUAUUGGUGGUACUCGUUUUGACGAUGGUGCUGGUGGUGACAAUGAAGUUCAAAGAACUAUGCUUGAAAUUGUCAACCAAUUGGAUGGUUUUGAGGCUCGUGGUAAUAUUAAGGUUCUCAUGGCUACUAACAGACCAGAUAUUCUGGAUCCUGCUUUGAUGAGACCUGGUAGAUUGGAUCGUAAGAUUGAAUUUGGUCUUCCAGAUCUUGAAGCAAGAACUAACAUUUUCAGAAUUCACGCCAAGAAUAUGAACGUUGACAAGGAUAUCAGAUAUGAAUUAUUGGCUCGUUUGUGUCCUAAUGCUACAGGUGCUGAAAUUAGAUCUGUUUGUACAGAAGCUGGUAUGUUUGCUAUUCGAGCAAGAAGAAAGACAGUUUCCGAAAAGGAUAUGCUCGAUGCUAUCAAUAAGGUAAUUAAGGGUUAUCAACGAUUCAGUGCUACUCCAACUUACCAAGAAAGCCAACAUAUUCAAUAAAAAACCAAACCAGACUGUAAAAUAUGU